AGGAUCUGUACAAGGAGGCCAUGAUGGAGGAGCACCAGCCUCUUAUAUCACAAGAUAAUUCCAGUAAAGAUUUUAAAGGAAACUUCUUGCUAAGACCAAAUUAUAAAGUAGAACAUGAAGAUCUCAUGCAGCACUCUUCAGGAGGCAACCAUGUUAAUCUUAAUGUACUUUCAGGACUUCCUAUUACAGAUAUAUCACAUAAUCCCCCUAAUCAUGAGGAACCUUCUGUUAACCAAUCACAGAUUGUUACCGGAAGUGCAGGUCAAAAAGCGCUCCAGCCCGGUAAAGAGUUUACAAAGAGAUCAAGUCACAGAACUACACACAGAAGAAUUCACAGUGUGGAGAAGCACCAUUCAUGUUUAGAAUGUGAGAACUAUUUUACGGAUAAAUCAAGUCUUGUUAAACAAGAGAGUAGUCAUAGAGGAAAGAAGCCAUAUUCGUGUUCAGAAUGUGGGAAAUACUUUGGCUCUAAAUCAAUUCUUGUUCAACAUGAGAGAAAUCACACAGUAGAGAAGACAUACUCAUGUUCAGAAUGUGGGAAAUGUUUUGCACAAAAAUUUGAACUUGCUUACCAUAAAAUACGUCACACACGAGAGAAGCCAUAUUCAUGUUCAGAAUGUGGGAAAUUUUUUGUAGAUAAAUCAUAUCUUGUUAUACAUGAGAGGAUUCAUACAGGGGAGAAACCAUAUUCAUGUUCAGAAUGUGAGAAAUGUUUUGCAGAUAAAUCAAGUCUUGCUAAACAUGAAAGAAUUCACACAGGAGAGAAGCCAUAUGCAUGCUUAGAAUGUGAGAAAUGUUUUUCAGAUAAAUCAAAUCUAGUUACACAUGAGAAAAUUCACACAGGAGAGAAGCCAUAUUCUUGUUCAGAAUGUGGGAAAUCUUUUAUACUUAAAUCACAUCUUACUAGACAUAACAGAAUUCACACAGGAGUGAAGCCAUAUUCAUGCUCAGAAUGUGGAAAAUGUUUUGCACGUAAAACAAAUCUAGUUAGACAUGAGAGACUUCACACAGGAGAGAAGCCAUAUUCUUGUUCAGAAUGUGAGAUAUCUUUUAUACAUAAAUCAAAUCUUACUAGACAUAAGAGAAUUCACUCAGGAGUGAAGCCGUAUUAAUGCUCAGAAUGUGGAAAAUGCUUUACAAAUAAAUCAAGUGUUGUAGCUGAGAGAAUUCACACUGGAGAGAAACCACAUUCAUGUUUAGAAUGUGAGAAAUGUUUUGCAGAUAAAUCAAUCUAGUUACACAUGAGAGACUUCACACAGGAGAGAAGCCAUAUUUUUGUUCAGAAUGUGUAAAAUCUUUCAAAAAUAAAUCAUAUCUUAUUAGACAUAAGAGAAUGCA